CAAGAGGACCCACCCACCCCUUCCUCCUGCCUUUGGAUCAGCUGAAAGAGAAGAAGAAGAAGAAGAAGAAGAACCCAAGUGGACCACACCCAGAGCCCCAACAGCAUCAGGCAGGAGCCUCCUCCUCUCUCUUCUCAGACUUUUUACCCGCGGCCAGGACGGCUUGUGUAUCUUUGUGCUCAUCAGGAACAACUGGAAUAUCUGCUUUGUCUGCCUGUGUGUGUCCUAUUUCUCAGUGUGUGUGUGUGUGUGUGUUUUGAUUCCACUAAGAGCUGCCACCAGUCCUAUGUCUCCUGCCAGGAUGUCUGCAGGACCAGAGCUGCUGCUGCUGCUACCUCUGAUCCUCCUGGUGCUCCAAGCAUCUCGGUGCCAUGGAGCCUGCGUGGAGGUGGACUCGGACACAGAGGCUGUGGUCAAUGAGGGCUUCAAACUGGGCUGCAUCUCCUGCAAGAUGAGGGGUGAGGUGCAGGCCAGUGCCUCCGUCAACUGGUACUUCAAGGCUUCAAAUGAGACCGAGUUCUCCCAUCUUUACAGCUACGAAAACCAAAAGGCCGAAAUCAUCGACCCGCGUUUCUACAGGCGUCUGGGCUGGAACGGCAGCAAGCACACCAGUGACCUGCAGGACGGCUCCAUCUUCAUCCUCAACGUGACCUACACUGACACGGGGACCUUCCGCUGCGUAUUCAACCGCACCCUCAAGUACUCCAACUACGAGUAUCCAACCAACACCAACAAGAACAUCACCAUUACCGUGGUGCCCCAAUUCACCAGGGGACUGGCAUCCAUCUUGUCCGAGGUGAUGAUGUACGUCACCAUCAUCGGGCUGCAGUUCUGGCUGCUGGUUGAGAUGAUUUACUGCUACAGGAAGAUCUCAGUGGCCGGAGAGGAAGCUCUGAGGGAGAGCGCGGCGGAGUAUUUAGCCAUAGCAUCGGAAAGUAAAGAUAACUGUGCAAGUGUACAAGUGGCAGAAUAGCACUGGUCAAGAAACAAUUCAAGACAACUUCCUCGAGGAAUCUCGCCUCCCUUCUUUUAGCUCCACUUUCUCUCCUCUCACCACCGCCCUCCAUGCUCUCUCCACACGACGGGAAGAUGGAACCACGGAGAGGCGACAGAUCUCCACAGAGCGGUUCUUUAAAGUGACUUCCAACCAGAAGAAUGAGAAAGACUGAGCUGUGUCCUGCUGUGAGGGACAGGGUGGACGCAUCAGGUGGUGGUUCGGCAGUACAGAGAGAGAGAGAGACCUGUACUGUAUAUACGUGUAUAGUCUGCACAGAUAAUCCUUGAACACAUGUAGAAUGAACUGUAGGCCGACAUUGUAUAUUCACUAUUUGCAUGCUAAUGAGAUUAUUGUGUGUUGGCAGCAGAGUUCCAUCGAUAAGGUUUUCAUCCAUAAGUCCAUUUUUUCAACUAGAGGUACUUCUCAAACAAUUCAAAAACGAAACUCUGGAAUCUAUUUAUUUUACUUUUAAGACGAGAUAAGAUGAAGUCCACAGCUCAACUUUAGUCUGAAUGUUCAGUGUUUCAUUUCACAAGGAUGAAAGUAUCGGGUAUCCCCCCCCCAGGAUCUUACUGAAAUGAGCCUCAGUUUAAAGCGUUGGGAUCCGGCUGAAUGUUUAGCUCGUCACCUUCGGCUGUUUGAAGGAGACCGAGGACGUGUUUUCAGAGUUUAGUCAUCAGGCCUCAGGUAAAAAGGUAAAAAGAUAACGAGACACUGUGAAUUCAAGGUAAACGUUACUGGAGUCACGUUUUUAAUUAUUUGCAUUGGACUGAGAAAGCAGCUGAGACGAGACAGCUUCCUGUUCGACCUUGACACAUCACAGUCAUGUUUCUGCUGCAGUGUUUCCUGUGAUCCUCGGAGCUCACGGUGCACAAAUCAACAAUAAAACGUUUCCUGCAGUGACAACGGAAAUUCAAUUUAAACCUGGACACCAGCUGAAUUUCUCGCCCACUUUCAGCUGAACACAGCAGGUUUGAUUCGCUCUUUUGAAUCUCUUCUCAGCUUUAGUGCACCUGAGGCUGAAAGUGUGACUUCCCUCGACAUGUGGGACGAUGACAGCACCUCACUGGUAGUAGAUUAAAACUACCACCAUCUGCUCUAUUUCUCCCGAGGUACAAUCUGCAGUUUUCUCAGACUUUCCUUUCUGCAGUGUUGGAGAAACUUAGAGGUUUUGCAAAUUGCUAAAAGGAACGUGUCCAGUGAGCCUUCGGAAUUAACGAGGAUGGAAAACAAAGAGGGAAAAGCAAAGAACUGAAGUGUUUGUAAAAAGAUUAAAAAAGAUGAUAAACCUGCUUUACUGUCUCCAGA